AUGAGCUGCCGUUUCUUGGCUGCCGGCGACUCCCGGCCCGGCGCCCGCGACUCUGUGAUCAUUCGACCAUCUCGGAGCUGGUGGCACAUACUGAUACUGGCUGGCCAUGUUCUGUUUUGGGCAUGGGCCGCUCUGGCCCUGUUCCUGCCCCAAUGGUCUGUCAUCCCCGUCGUAGCGGCUAUGCGCCCUGACCGGGUGAGGGCCUUACGGCGGGAGACUGUCGAGAUGUUUUACUAUGGCUUCGACAAUUACAUGAAAGUUGCCUUCCCUGAGGAUGAGCUCCGACCUGUAUCUUGCACCCCGCUAACUCGAGAUUUGAAAAAUCCUCGCAACUUUGAGCUCAACGAUGUCCUGGGCAACUAUUCGCUCACUCUGAUUGACAGCCUCUCGACCCUGGCUAUUCUUGCCUCUGCUCCUGCUGAAGAUAGUGGCACUGGCCCAAAGGCUCUCAGAGACUUCCAAGAUGGCGUCGCAGCCUUGGUCGAGCAAUACGGGGACGGUCGCCCCGGUCCCUCAGGGGUUGGGCGACGGGCGCGAGGUUUCGACCUAGACAGCAAAGUUCAGGUCUUCGAAACCGUCAUUCGUGGUGUUGGUGGUCUACUGAGUGCUCACCUUUUCGCUAUCGGUGCACUGCCCAUCACUGGGUACCAACCACUUCGUCAAGAGGACGAUUUGUUCAACCCACCUCCAAUCCCCUGGCCGAAUGGAUUCACAUAUGAUGGCCAGCUGCUCAGGUUGGCUCUGGAUCUGGCGCAACGGCUUCUCCCCGCGUUCUACACGAAGACCGGGUUACCAUAUCCACGUGUCAACCUUCGUCAUGGCAUCCCGUUCUACGUCAAUUCCCCCCUACACGAGGACCCGCCAGCCAAAGGUACCACAGAAGGCCCUCCUGAAAUCACGGAGACCUGCAGUGCCGGCGCUGGCUCACUAGUUCUCGAGUUUACUGUCCUUAGUCGUCUUACCGGUGACCCACGGUUCGAACAGGCGGCGAAGAGGGCCUUCUGGGCUGUUUGGUAUCGCAAGAGCCAAAUCGGCCUAAUUGGCGCCGGUGUCGAUGCAGAACAAGGACACUGGAUAGGAACAUAUUCGGUCAUCGGUGCUGGUGCCGAUAGUUUUUUCGAGUACGCCUUGAAGUCGCACAUUCUUCUCUCCGGCCAUGCCCUGCCAAACCAAACUCAUCCCUCUCCCCUGCACAAAGAUGUCAACUGGAUGGAUCCCAAUACUCUUUUCGAGCCGUUGAGCGAUGCCGAGAAUUCUGCCGAGUCCUUCCUUGAAGCCUGGCAUCACGCUCAUGCGGCUAUCAAGCGACAUUUAUACAGCGAGCGUGAACACCCUCAUUAUGACAACGUAAACCUAUGGACCGGUUCUCUGGUCUCACACUGGGUCGACAGUCUCGGCGCCUACUACUCCGGCUUACUAGUCUUGGCUGGAGAAGUGGACGAGGCAAUUGAGACCAACUUGCUCUAUGCUGCCAUUUGGACGCGAUACGCAGCCUUACCCGAGCGAUGGUCUCUUCGAGAGAAAACAGUCGAAGGCGGCUUAGGUUGGUGGCCGUUGCGGCCCGAGUUCAUCGAAUCUACCUACCAUUUGUAUCGCGCCACCAAGGAUCCCUGGUACCUGUACGUAGGAGAGAUGGUGCUUCGGGAUAUCACAAGGCGCUGUUGGACUCCUUGUGGCUGGGCCGGCCUUCAAAAUGUUCUCAGCGGUGAAAAGAGUGAUCGAAUGGAGAGUUUCUUCCUCGGCGAGACCACCAAGUACAUGUACUUGCUGUUCGAUGAUGACCAUCCCCUCAACAAACUAGACGCCUCUUUCGUUUUCACCACCGAAGGCCAUCCAUUGAUUCUCCCGAAGCCCAAAUCUGCAAGAAGAUCUCGCAACUCACCGAGGUCCAGUCAAAAGGCCUUGACUGUAUACCAGGGCGAGGGCUUCACCAACUCAUGCCCUCCUCGGCCCUCCAUCACUCCGCUGUCCGGCUCAGUUAUUGCUGCCAGGGAUGACAUUUAUCAUCCAGCCAGGAUGGUGGACCUGCAUCUUCUUACUACGUCCAAGCACGCCUUAGAUGGCGGCCAGAUGUCUGGUCAGCACAUGGCUAAGUCCAAUUACACCUUAUAUCCCUGGACUCUUCCUCCAGAGCUGCUUCCCAGCAACGGCACCUGUGCCAAGGUCUACCAGCCGCACGAGGUGACUCUCGAAUUUGCGUCCAACACACAGCAAGUCCUAGGAGGAAGCGCAUUCAAUUUUAUGCUGUCUGGCCAAAAUCUGGAGCGCCUUUCUACAGACCGCAUACGGGUGUUGAGUUUAUCAGGGCUAAAGAUUACGUUGCAGCUUGUCGAGGAGGGUGAACGGGAAUGGCGAGUGACAAAGCUGAACGGAAUACCCCUCGGACGGGAUGAGUAUGUCGUGAUCAACCGCGCCAUUCUCGGUGAUGUGUCGGAUCCAAGGUUCAACCUGGUCCGAGAUCCCGUCAUUGCGAAGCUUCAGCAGCUCCACCAAGUCAACCUCCUCGAUGAUACCACCACGGAGGAGCACCCUGAUAACCUCGACACGCUCGAUACAGCUAGUGCCAUCGACCUCCCGCAAGACCAAUCCUCCGACUCUGAAGUCCCCGACCCCGCCAACCUUUCCGCCCUCCUCCCUGACCUCAGCUCCUUCGUCAAAUCCCUCUUUGCCCGCCUCUCUAACCUCACUUCUCCCUCACCCGACCCCUCUUCCAACCUCCCCCUAAACGUGGUGAUCAACCAAACAGCCAUUCUCCCCACCGGCAUCGGCGCCGCCCCCCUUCCCCCAGCAGCCAGCAAUUCCCCCUCCGGCGCCCCGAUCCCCGUCUUCGGGCCCGUACCCGAGUCCCUCUUCCCCUGGAAAACGAUAUACGCUGCAGGUGAGGCUUGCGCGGGUCCAUUACCUGACUCGGCGCCAAGGGAGAACCAGGUAAUUCUGAUUCGUCGCGGAGGGUGUAGUUUCAGUGAUAAACUUGCCAAUAUCCCGGCAUUUACGCCAUCCGAGGAAUCACUUCAACUGGUCGUGGUUGUGUCAGACGAUGAGCAUGAAGGGCAAAGUGGAUUGGUGAGGCCUUUGCUGGAUGAGAUACAACACACACCGGGGGGGAUGCCGAGACGGCAUCCGAUUGCUAUGGUGAUGGUUGGGGGCGGAGAGACGGUGUAUCAGCAGUUGAGUGUGGCGAGUGCUAUUGGGAUACAGAGGAGGUAUUAUAUUGAGAGUUCGGGGGUAAAGGUGAAGAACAUCAUUGUUGAUGAUGGAGAUGGGGGUGUUGAUGGGUGA